GUAAUACUGUAGCGUUCCAACAUCUAAAUACUGCGGGUACCGUUAGAGGCCCCGCACGACACUUCUAGGCCGAUAACACGGUGCGAUCCUGCACUGCCCUCGGCAAUUUCUUCCAGGGGUUCUCCUGUCCUCGACUACAUUACCCUAGGCGAUUUAAAUUUUCUACCAACUUAGCUUAGGCCACGCUCCCUGGGCGGUAGCUACCACGGUUCCUGGGCUGCCUCACUGAAUAGGCCGCACCUUCGUGGCAACUCUAUCUAGAUUAGGUACCAGUCGCUAGGCACUCUCGGCUAAUUGUAUGGUAAAGGCUCGGGCCCAUGGGCGGUCUCUCUCAGUAGCCACGCUCCCUGGGCUGGCUCCUGCUGUUUCUCCAUGGCUCUCUGUGUAUUCCCCCGGUUGCUGCCGCCCUUAUUCCCGCCGGGCUUCAGCAGAAUGAUUUAAUGUCUGGGAAGGAAAGCAACGGCCAAACAAUACCCAACCAUCACCUGAGGGCGGAGACGUUUUUGAGAAUGUUUUGAAAUGUAUCAAUAACCAUGGAAGUCCCUCUUGAAGUUAUCGUAUCUACAAGCAUCAAAUGGAAAAAACCUUGUCCAAGGAUCUGCUGGCUGGGGCAGGAAAAAGAAUCUGUUUUUUUACUUGAUGAAAAGCAUUUUAGAGAACUCAAUCUGCAUUCAGGGCGUUUGAAGAAGGCAGCCCCUCGAUUACAAGCUCUUCUGAAAAAGAAAAAUAUUGUGACCCUUUCCACAUCUUUAAAUGGAGUUUGGCUGGCAGGUCUACUUUUAUCUGGGGAAUUAUUUAUUUGGAAUAAAGAUCUUGACAGUCUGCAAACUAUACCAGCCAAUGAAGAGAUCUCUCAAAUAGUGACUACAGCACAAGAGACGUUUGUUAAGCUGUUCCUGUGUGUGUCAGGAGAUGGUAAUAGGGUGCUGUUGGUCUCUCAUGUCGGUUGCAUCUACCUGUGGGAAAGUUCUGUGAACAAGAAUGCUCCUGUGCCCCCCAAAAGCCCACCCCUAGAUGGUAGAUGGACCAAAAUUCAACCUCAAAGCUCAACAUUGCUCCCCAGCAUGGAAGAUAAGGAAUCUGCAGUGCAUGCAUCCUUUGUGAAGAAUGAGGUACUCGGUGAUUGCUGUUUGUGUACAUUUGCAUUUUAUUCUGGUGACCGACUGGUAUUCACAUUUUUAACUCUACGCUGGUAUGAACAUAAUGAAGUAUACAAUAGUACAUUACCGUACCACAUUCACUGGGCACAGCAGGACUGUUCUCUGAAUACUCUGGUUCCAUCAUGUGAGAUUGUGAAAUCAAGAGGAGCUUUACUUGCAUCCUUCUCAAGAGAUGGUCUGACACUAGCGGUAUCUGUAAAUCAGAAGGACCCAAAGGCUACUCAAGUGUUAUUUAUAAACACCAUGAACUUUGUUACAGUCACAGGACAUCUGAAGGGUUGUAGCAGCAAAGAGCAGCCCAUUCCAUCUAGAUUUAUAAGGUCCUAUUGGGUUGGGGACUUGGCCUGGACUGCAGAUAGCCUCUUCCUGGCCUGUGUAUUAAAGAGAGGAGCCCUUGUUCUUCUUACUCGAUUGGGAGAGCUUUUGACACUAACAACCUUUGGAUGUUCUGUUGAAUUUGGUCCUGCUGAGUUCAUUCCACUUCAUCCAUUAAUAACAAUCAGACCUCCAAUGUCCACCUUCAAUUCUCACGAUGCCAAUGAUUCAUUUGGCUCAACAUCAUCUGAUACAGAUGUCAUGAGACAGAGAUAUUCCGUUACAAGUCAUCCACGAUUACCCUACCUCAUGGUUUCUGAUGGUUACAUGGUCACCACACUACGGUUUACUAAAAAUCUGUCACCUAGUAGUUUCAUGAAAUCACUGCUGCUGGAAUCUGCCCAGAAACUUGAAAUCAUACGACAGAGGCUACAGCUGUCAAAGCCAAAAGCCUAUGGGAUUAAAUUAAGGUCACUGGCCUCUUUAAAAGCAGGGCUACUGAAAGAAAAAGGAAAUACCUAUUCAACAAUAUCUACCGUUCCAAGCUUUCUACAAGUAGAAGAAGAUGCAUGUGAUACCAAAGAUCAUCAGGAUGAGGAUGAGGACUCGGAUAAUCAAGAAUUUGCCAAAUCUUCCGUACCAUCUGAGAUUUCAUUUGUGAGAGCGGAGGAGGGAAGACUUGAGUUUGCUUAUAUGUUUGACACUAUUCAUGCCGGUGACGACUAUGAUGGCGUGAGCGAUAUGUGUCAUGAAAUGCGUCAGAUUCAGAAGGCUCUGCUUACGGCAUGGGGGGUCGGAGUGACAACGAGAAACCUUGUGGAGAAAGAUACUUUAUUAAACUACACUGUUGGAUGCCUCACACAUUUUUUAUCUAUUCUCAGGAUUCUGGAAUCUUGUACAGCAACACAAAAGAAGACAAAAGACCGUUCGUGUUUUCUUUUCUUUACCAUUUUCCAGCAGUGCCUGACGGUGCUGUACUGGGAUGUAGCACCAAGACUAGCAGUCCGUCACAUGAUAAAGUUGACAUCAGAAACAAUCAAGUUAAUUCUUGUGCAACCUCAACCGCUCUACUUGCAGAAUGUGAUGGAAAGUGUGUGUUUGCUGAAGAUGGUUUCUCGCCAUUUGAAUUCUAUUUAUAUGUUGCAUUUUGAGCCUCUUCCCUUCUCUUCUGAAAUAAAUAGUGGAGUUUAUCUUGAUUCCAUGAAGACUCCUGUAUUUCUAGCACAGAUAAGCUUUUCCCCCAAGCAUUGGUCUGUACAUAAUAUUUUCAAGCAACCCCCAGGGCCUGUAAACCUCAUCAGGGGAUCAGAAAAAAGACUGGCUGUCAUUUGGCGCCUCCUAUACAAUCAAACACUUUUGUAUCAGGCCCGUCUGAGACAGCACAUUUGUUCAAAUCGGAAACUGCUGCCACAACAAAAUUCCCAUGAAGAUCAAGCUAUCAGAUCACUGUUAUAUCAUAUUCAGGCAGAGCUUCAGUCAGCAGGAGAGCAAUUGGAACAGAGUCUGAAUCUUAUGCCUGUGAAUGGAGAAGAAUUUUUCCUGCUGGGAUCAUAUAAGGAGUCAAUGGAGUUCUGGAAAAAAGCCUUAAUGGAAAGCACCGCUAAAGGAGGAAGAAGAACUAGUUUGCUUCAAACACGGUAUUACCUGGCUGUGCUGUAUUGUCACCUGUAUAACUAUAACUUAAAUGAUUCUCAGGGAAUGUGUGACCAGCUUGUGAGGGAACUGCUUAGGCGAUCCAACCUCCUCUCAGAUACAAUGCAAGGCAUUCCUGAUUUAGAAUUCCCAACAACUAGGGGGUUUACUUCCUCUGAUGGUUCUGUUCAAAUGCUCAGAAGCUCAGAAUCUGAUCAUUUGCAGUUAAAAGAUGUUCAUCAUGAAGCUCUAUUGGCUGUCAUUAAAUCCAUGGGCAGAUUCAUGGCUGCGUAUUUCACGAACAAGCUGCUGUUUGUAUUUCCUCCACACAAUGUUGGGAUUUUACCUCCUCUUCACCUUGCAUCAGGCAAGUGUCCUCGUGUUGUCUCUCUGAAACACAGUGUGGUUGCCAGCGUCAUUCGAGAACAAAAUCUUUCCAGCGUCUGGACUGUAGAAUAUGCUCUUGACUUGCUGCUUGUUGGUGGAUUGGUGCCAGAGGCUGCAUGGCUGGCAAACAAGCUUGGCGAUUGGAAGAUGUCUAUUUCAAUGGGAGUUGCCUACAACCUGUCUGUGAGGAACAAUCUUGAAGCGUUAAAACUCACAGAACUGCAGUUACCCCUGGACCUUACUCCUACUCAUAUACUUCUGGAAAAAUUACAGUCAUUUCUGGGCAGCCCCCCUAGUUCUGAAAUCUUAAAUAAAGACUGCAGUGGACAAAAACAGUUUACAGAUCCCAUAGAAGAAGAAGAUGCAGAUCUGCUUUUUAGCUCCAUGCAGGAGAUGCUAAAAGCAGCUGUGAUGGCCGAUGCUGAAGUCUUCACGGAAACGUUUCGUCAACUGAUGGAAUCUGCCAAGGAGCUUAGCAGAAAGCUUACUGGUUUAGUGCCAGAAAGGCUGUAUCUCCCUGCACCGCCUCUAUACUGUCCCCAGCCUUCUUCAGUUAGUGAGGAUGACUCCAAUGACUUACAUCUGGCAUCUGAGAAACUUCAUAGGCAGAAGCUGUCUGGGGUUCUUCAGAGAAUUCUUUUGCUGCUGCGGGCAGCUCGCUGCUCCCUGCCAGCCGCACAGUGGUAUAUCAAGCAAAUAAAACGAGCAAGAAAAAUCAUGCAGAAGAUUCGUGUAAAAGGCUCGCUCCCCCCUUUAAAUAUGCUCCCAGAGACACUGUUGAACUAUGCCAACAGCAGCACGUCGUUCUUUAAAAGUCGACUAAGUGGUGUCCCACAAUCUGACCAGGUGUCUUCUAGUGUUCUAGCAUAUUUUAGAGAGCUUUGUGCUUUAUGCUGGAUGCUCCAUGUCCGUGAAAGACUAUCGUUCAGCUGCAGACAAUACCAGAAAGCGAGAGAUAACGGCAAACUGUUUAAGGGUGCAGAGGAAUAUGAUUCCUGUGUAACUGAGCACUGUUUUAAUGCAUUGGAGUGGGCAUGUCGAAUGCUUCCUUUCACGCGGGCUGCAAACUGCGAGGAACUGAUACAAGAUGUCAUUCUGAGCCUGGUCAGUGAGCUGCCUCCAGUGCGGAAGGUGGCAGAAGUUUUAGUAAAGGCUUUUCCCCGGCCUGAGGAUGUCCGUGUACCAUUAAGGGAGAAAUACCAGGCUCUUCAUCAGAGGCUCAGGCACUCAGUAGUCAAAGGUCCUGAUGGUGCAGAAAUGAUGUCUGUUAUCAUACACAACGUUCACAGACAGCGAGUGAAAGCCCUGAGACGUGUGCAGAGGAAUAUUGGUCCUCUUGAAAUGCACUUAUGGGAACCUGCCCUGGGAGACGCUUAUGAUGAUGACUCGUAUUAUGACCGUCUGUCACUAGGGACCAGUCUGAGCAGAAGUACACUCACUGAUUUUGGAAAACCUUAUUUUUACAGUGAAGGCGACACUCUCUCAGAAGCUUUGAUGAAUGAUGUAAUAGAUGAGAGUUCUGAAUGGCACGUUGUUGAGACAAAAUGUUCCCAGAAAUCAAAGGAGGAUAAAACAGUAUGCAAAAAUGGAGGACAGAAAUCUAAAGACUCAACAGAAAAUAAACCUGCCCUUCCUAUUGUUGGUACAUGGGAAUUUGAGAGUGAUGAUGAAGAAUACACAAACUUCCUUAAUCUGUUUCUGAGUUAUCUUCUGGAAAGAGACCUACUUCAUUACAGUGAAACAAGCAUUCCUUUCCUUACAGUUUUUUCUAGAAACCUUCAAGAACAUGAGCUGAACUCUCUUGUAUUUGAUGUUCAUACUGCUCUAAAGCGUAAGCUUGGGAGACCCAAAAUCCAGAGUGUUUUUCGAGCUGGCUGCUGCUACACUGGUAACGAAGAGUUCUGCAGUGAGUCUGGGAAACUAGAGGGCACUUUGGCUCAUAAUCAAAGCACAACUGAUUUAGUCACAAAUCCCGCUUUGCCUCUAGUUAUAGAAAAGCCAGUAGCUUCAUCUUUUAAAUACUUUAGCAAUAUAAAAACUAGAAAUUUGUCAAAAAGUGGACUUUAUGGCUUAAAAGAGCAAAGAACACAGAAAGUGAAUGAAGAGUUUCAUAAGGUAUCCUCAGUGCCUCCGGAGUGUGGCUUACCUACAGCUAGCCAGUAUAGGUACAGAAGAAUUCAGACUACGGAUUGUAUGCCCAGUGAGGAGCUUGGGGCACAAUUACAGGCAAAAUUCAGUAAUGAAGCUAAGUUGGUAGAAUGGAUGAUCAGGUGGUCUGAAAAGAGGUUGUUCUGGAGUGCAGGAAAAGCAGAAUUAUACCAAGCCCAGAGCACUGCGAUACGUGUGAAAGCGUCUUCUGCUGCAAUCCUUACUUCACUUUGGCUUCUAGAAAAGCCUUACUUGGGAGGAGUACGUGAGAACAAAGGAAGGUUUGCGGUCCCUUCAAGUGAAUACACUGUAGCCACUGUAUUACAGCCAGUGACUGAAUCAAUGAUCAACAAUAACAGUGGUAAAGAUAUUGAAGAUUCAGAAGUGGGAUCUGUUGCAUAUGUGGAAGUGCAUAUUCAAGAACCUCAACAGGAUAUUGCUUCUGAAGCCGCCUCUUCUCAUUCUGGAGGUAGUGAGCAUAGAAGUAUUGGGAGACAGCUGCCAGCUCUUGAUGAGCAGUCUAUGAGUUAUUCAGUUGCCACAGAAGACAGGUGUAAUACUAUUGUAGAACAAUAUCUGACAGCGUCAGAAACAGAAGAUGACCUAGAAGACGCAGAAGAGGAUACACAGAGAAGCCCUAACAUAUUUGUCAGCAUUCAACCAAUAUCUAAUCAAGUUGAGAAUUUGUCAAGUGAAGUUACUAUAAACAAUGAAGAUUCACACAAACCACUAAUUCAGAAAACAAUGCAACAACCACGGAACAAUGUGGCUGCUGAGGCCCCAUUCAUCAAUCCUCCUGCACAAGUUUUUGGCAGUACAGCUAAUGUUCCGGUUGUGGUUCCAUGUGUUCAGGAAUCUCAUGGCGAGCAAGUAUCUCAACCUUCAAACACAUCAGAGACUGUUAGACAGUUAUUCCAAGAUGAAAUGUUUAGGUUGCUACAGCUUCAGCAAAUCAACUUCAUGAGUCUAAUGCAAGUCGUGGGCUCUUCAUUUGCUGCUCUUCCUGCCAUGCAACAAAUAUUGCAACAGUCUUCACAGGUAAUAGUAAACCAGCAGGGGAACCCUGUAGCUGUCCCUACACCUCUUCCACUUCAGACUGCUCUUAAUGCACAGAACCCCAUUCGUGAUACCUCCCCCAAUACCGAAGGCCAUGCCAGUACCAAAAAGAACAGAGCAUCUAGCACAGAAACGAGACCCAUGUAUGACCAGAACAAUAAGGAAAAUAUACAGAACCCUCCUGGCUUGAGAGUAUCUUUGAAUGAAGCAAAAGAUGGAGAAACAAUUUCGGCAACUAACAGUUUGCUGACCACAGCUCCCAGUUAUGGCCUGCCAAUAAUACAUACCUCUCCAGUUGUACAGAAAACUCCAUUCCUUCUUCCAUCCAACAACAUGUGGAGUAAUUGUAAUGGUUUUCCACUGCUUCAACUGCAACCUGAACCAAAAUUCACAUCAAUGAAUAUUAUUCCGAGAAAUAUGACUCCACAUUUGACAAAGUCUAGGGCACCUAAAAUUCCUAGAGAAGCUUGGGGUCCAAUUAACAAUGACCCAAACAUUCCCAGUGCUCAUAAUUUAAGAAAUCACAGCAAAGAUUCAUAUUGUGAGGCUCUAAAUAAAAAUGAUGUCAAAGAAGAGAGGAAGAUGUGGGCAGAGCCCUCUGCUAAAGGAGCACUUAAACAUUCUCAAAAACAUUCUCCGGUAUUUUGCUACAUUGAACAGAAAAAUGUUCCAGUACAUCUUCAAAACUCAAAUACACAAGAAAGCAGGCCAUCUCAUCAGACGCUACCUGGUACCCAUCACUAUGCAUCAGGUAUCCCUUUGCUUCACUUGCAAUCACAUCCUGUGCCUCAUAUCCCAUCAGUUUUCAGCUCUGAUGUCAAAGUUCCUGUCUCGGCUUCUCAGUCAAACACAAAGCCGGAGCACUUCCCGCUGUUACCAAAUGCCGCAUUAACUCUACUAAAAGCCAAAUUGCCUCAACAAAUGCCUAAUAUACCUUUUGGUUCCACCCCUAAGCUUAUCCCCCUCCAGAACCUUAUAGCUUUUGAACAAAGUUUGAGAACUAAAAGUCUACGCGGCACAGCAGAAGGAGCACUGCAAUUGCUAAAAGCAAACAUUGAACCAUUUGAAGAAGUCAAGCCUAUGGAUAGCAUAAAAAGGCAAAAAAGACGAACCCACAUACAGAAGCAAGAAAACAGUACUGAGAGAAAAGAGAGAAAGUCAUCUGUUACAUUCCGGCCUGAAGACUCCAUUAUUAAUCCAAACAAUUUUGAUGAAAUUAUACAAAUUGAGACGAAAAAGCACGAUGAUCCUGAACUGCAGAAGAAUAAUGACUUCGCUAUUCCAAUCGGUACAUUCGAAUCGCUGUUGUCAGAAAACAAUCCAGAGGCACCUGUUACAUCGAUUGCAAUGUUACAUUACUUGGCUUCCACUAAGAAAAAAGCUCCGGAAAUUCGGGAUGCCUGCACUAACACAGAUACAGCCAAUGAAGCCAGCAAAUCAUAUAAGAAUACAGGAACUGCGUGUGAAGAAGUACUCCCUGAUAUUCCUAGCUCUGGGCUUUCUGCUGCUCCUCAGUCUGCUUCAGACACAGCUUCCUCAGUUAUUCCACAGUUGCUUCCCCCUGACAUAUAUCUAAACCUUCGAUUUCUUGGUAAAGAUCUAGAUGAGAUAAAAGGUCCAUCUCAAUCUUCUGUAAUCCCAACAUCCCAAGUUGGACACCAUUAUAUAAAUGUUAUUGACAUUGACGCAGAAGACAUUCUGAAGGAUUUGCCAGAUCCAGCAGCACCGAAGAUUAUCAACCAGAGAGUUCCAUCUUCUGCAGAACUACAUCACUUGGCUGCAUCUGUUACAAAUGCUGUCCCACUAAAACCAGGGAAAAUUACAGAUAGCAUUUCAGCUAGACCAAGACUUGAAGCUCAGGAAGUCAGAGCUGCUGAUCCUGUAACAUACAACCUGCUAUUGGGAGGUGCUGCAGAGUUAGUAUCCAGGCCAACUGCAGCCCGAGGAGCAGAUCACACAUUCUCCUGGCUGCAAGACAUGGACGUACAAUUAGCAGCUCUACAGACCAUGGCAGACAAAAUGGAACAAGAUUUUGCCAACACUGGGCUGUUGGUUAAUACUAUUGAAAAUCUUGCCACGGCCAUGGACCCCAGUUUAGAAGAUAUUAGCUAUUCUUCAAGAGAUGUGAGAGUUUCUGAAAAAGCCUUGCGGAUGAGCCCCAGGGAAUUGCAGGAUCUAAUGGAAGAAGACCUCGGUUCACCAAGCCAUUCAGAAAUCCAUUCACAUGAUGUCACCAGGUUACAUGCCCAUUUUUCUGCAGAAAUCAAUUCACAGGGGCACUCCCUUGCAGGGAUCAAGUCACAGGUGCAAUCCCCUGGAGGUAUCUUGUCAUGGGCGAACUCUCCUGAAGACCAGGUCUCUUUCCAGAAUCCCUCCAGACACAAGAUCCCAGAUACUGCUUCUGCAGCAAAUGACAACAUGGGAAAAAGCCUCCUUGACGACCCGUUUCACAUAACAGGACUGAGCGAUAUUGCAGAUAUCUUAGGAGACCUCAUGGAUGGAGGAAUUUCUGCCUCAGAACUUGGUUUGACUGAAUCUCAGGCUAAAACAUUGUCUAGGGAGAGACUGAACAAGCUUCCUUUGAAGCAUGCUAGAAAAAGAUCUGAAAAGGACAGGAUGGAGUUGCAGAUGUGGAUGAAAAGGAAGCAGAGAGAAAAACUUGCAGAACACAAAAAAAAGAUGGAGGAACUGAGAGAGAUGGAACAUAAUCCUUUUCAGCCCAAUCAGAAUGCAAACUCGUCCAUGUCCUCAAAAACAAUAAUGCGGAGCCAGAGAGUGAAAAAUGAAAAAGAUAAAACUUUAUUGGCUGAACAUCACAGCAACAGAGUCUCUGAUGCUUUAAGUCUCAUGCAAGAGAUGUUGUCAGAGGCUAAGCAUAUUCCUGUAGCAGAUCCCACAACCAUUUCCACCUCAUCCAGAUCUCCACGUUGUGUCUCAUCAUCUAAAAGAUUUUCUUCACCUAAAAUACGCAGCUCAUCUACAAGUCAAAUCGAGAAGAGGAGGUCCGUUUUCAGAUCUGGACUUUCUCAGCCAAGAUUAAUGGCCCCACCGUCACGACUACAGUCUAGAGGAACAGAAACAUUCUUAUUUCAAAAGGGUUCUCAGGAUUCUAAAACCAGGGCUAGAAGUGCACCAAGUUACCCCGUGCAUGUAAAGUAUGAUCCGUCUUUACCAGGAGACCGUAUAUCUCAGAUCACACGUAGGGGGAUGUUGUCAGGGAAGAAUAGGGCAAAUGUCAAUAUCAAAAGCACGAAGCCUUUGCCGUAUUCCAGUUUAAUACAUUCUCCAUCAUCACACCAAGGUUCCAGAAAUAAACAGACGAGCUUUCAUUAUGACCCUACUGAGGAAAUGGAGCCUGAAAGGGAUUUGGUUAGUCCCUGGGAAGUACCCAAUGAAAUCAAAAGGCUUAUAAACAGUGAUGGAAAUUCUAAUGGCUCUCAGGAAUUAUUAUUUAAUGAGGAUGAUGUUUCUCAUGAUUAUCCUAAACCGGACAACUCUUCGGAAAGCACAGGCAGCAUACUGAGCAAAUUGGACUGGAACGCAAUAGAAGACAUGGUGGCCAGCAUUGAAAAUACAUGAAUAUUAGAAACUCUCUACGGGGUGGUUAGAUCCAGUAAAUAUAUUUAUUUACUUCUGGUACUCAUCAAGAUUACAAUCAAAGUCAGCAACUUGUGUGGCUAUGUGCUGUUUGGUUGCUGUCAUCUUACUACACCUUCACUACAAACUAUGAUUUCUGUACAUGAGCAAACAAGUUACAUCAGGGACAGAUGUGUGGGGUUUUAAACCUUUUGUUAGUCCAAUUUCUCUCAUGUUCAACUGGGACAGCACAUGAAGCACAACAUUAGUAUUACAUGAUGAGCAACAGUUCCAUACACAUUUGGAGAAGGCAGAAACUUCAAACUAAAAUUGUUCACUGGACCCUUCCCUGACCUUCAGUUCUAAGUAUUCUGCUAGUGAAGCUGACAAAAAAUGGAGUUCUGUUCCUUAUUCCUUUUUGUGUAUUCUGUAUUGUUCACGCUACUCUACCAAUAUUAUCACCAUAUCUGCUGCUGAGCGUCUUCAAUAGCUGAUCCAAAAUGCUACAUUUAUGACCUGAGUUUGUUUUAGCUUAUCAUACUUUUAACUAUAUUCUUCACAGCUAUACCACAGCCAGGGUUCCCUUUCAUCAGAUGUCCUCUAUAUGUAGUUUAAGGUAUGUGUUAUUAGUUAGACUAUGUAUGUGGACAUCUUGCUUUCCUACUAACCCUCUUUGUUAAUGCUGGCAUAUGUGGAUUUAACCUCUUCUGAUUCACACUCAUGCACAGGAAUCUCUACCAUUUCAUGCUUAUUUGUCUCUCCCUACAUUAUCUUAAAGGGACAGUCAACACCAGAAUUUUUGAAGAUAUAUUAUUCCUUUAUUACCCAUUCUCCAGUUUUGCAUAACCAACCGUUAUAAUAAUACGUGUUUUACCUCCGUGAUUACCUUGUAUCUAAGCCUCUGCUGAUUCCCCCUUAAUUUCAGGUUUUUUUACAUACUUACAUUUUAGCCAAUCAGUGCUGACUCCUAUGUAACUUCAUGUGCAUGAGCUCAAUGUUAUCUAUAUGACACACAUGAACCAACGCCUGUCAAAAUGCAUUCAUAUAAGAGGCAGCCUUCAAGGUCCAAGAAAUUAGCAUAUGAGCCUACCUAGGUUUAGCUUUCAACUAAGAAUACCAAGAGAACAAAUCAAAAUUGGUGAUAAAAGUAAAUUGGAAAGUUUAUUUUGGACUUGACUGUCCCUUUAAGCUGUCUUUCUUGAUCCAAAUACAACUUGAGACUCUACAGUACAAGCUCUUUUUUCACCUGUGCACAUACCGGUUUCUGUGAAUGACUGUUUGGGCAGAAGUAAUAAUAUUCGUUUUGCCUAUAUGACUUGAGCCUCUGUUUUAAUUAAUGAAACUGAGCAGGGUUUUCUUCUUUCAUGUCUCAAUUUCUAUUUCCAAUUUGAAGGGUGGAUAAAGUCUUGUGUACGGCCAUUCAUAUCCAGGGGUGAACAACUAGCAAUCCACUUUAAAAUAGAAUACUGCACAGCCAGUUUCACUGGUACUAAAACCCCAUAACGGUCUUGCAGGUCAUAGUAUAGAUACUGAAAAUAAAACAGGAGUUAGCUUGGCAUUAGAGCCAUUUGUAAAAUACAGAGGGAAAUGUUCACUGUUUCACAUGCUACAUGCUUUCAAUCUGAGUAUUUUGUUCCCAGCCUUCUUCAUUUAAUUAGCUAUACAUGAAACAUUAAAGUGAAAGAAAUGGCCCAGUUAACCAAUCUUAGUUCUCCAAGUGUGUAUAGAAGACCCUUAACCAUUGUUUAAUAGUAUAGGCUUAGUUUACUCCUAUGUAAAAAAAAAAUGUAUUGGGAUGUAAAAAUGAUAUUGACUUAUUAAGUAUAUUUAUUUUUCUUAUUUAUUUUACUGCUACCGUAAAUAUUAUAAUGCACUUUAUAUUUCUAAAGGUUAAACUUUUACUUGUCAAAUAAAGAUUUUUAUUUUGGCA